GGGCGCGUGAGUGGCAGAACUCUAGUUGUUUCCUUGUGGGAAAGAUCUUCCUUUGUAGUGGAGAGAAACAUAAUCCUCGUUGCCAAAUAAAAUAAAACAUAACAAAUAAAAAUAAAAGCUUAAAACCAGAUCUCUCGUAGGAUCCUGUCUGUCAGUUUCGCUUUUUGGGGAUGACUAUACCAGGGAGCGUGUUUAGGCUUUAGUUCUGUAAUUGAUUGGAAGAGAAAAGAGAGACUUGCUUUUGAUCUCACCUGUUUGAUCACGUUUUGGCUCUAGUUUGGUGUAAAAUAGUUGGUUUAUUUUGGGGGGAGAUUAUCGAUUUCGUUUUUGGGGUUUUUCAGAGGUGGGUGUUGAAGAACUUGGCCAUGGGUUCACAGGAUGCCCAAUUCUUUGGUUCCCUUAACGAGUUCAACUUUGAUGGAGAACUCUCUCUACCAAACUCAGAUCAGUGCCCAGAUGUUGCAAAUGGAAUUAAAUCCAAUACACCCAGUUACUAUUUUCAAUCAAGUUUUGAGGGUGGUGAUUCUCCCACUGAUGAUAGCGACGGUUCUGAUACUGUCCUCAAGUACAUAAACCAGAUGCUUAUGGAAGAGGAUAUGGAGUCAAAGCCUUGUAUGUUCCAUGAUCCGUUGGCUCUUCAAGCUGCGGAGAAAUCAUUUUAUGAACUCCUUGGUGGAAAGGACCCUCCUUCCCCCGAUCAACGUCUACCUUAUAUGGACCAACAUAUUGGGAGUCCAGAUGAUAAUUCUUCAGGCAGCUGUAGUGAUCACAGCAGCAAUUGCAGCUCCAGUUUUAGUAAUGGAAACACUGUUGAUUCUCUUUGGAAUCAUGCUAAAUUUGGAGAAUACAAACCCUCUCUGUUUAAAAAUCCCCUUCCCACUGACUUUGUUUUCCGGUCCACUUCAAAGCCUAGUGCGCCAUUAUCAUUCAACUCUCUGAACAGCUUCACUAGGGAUGGUUAUGGGCUGUUUGACUCUUCUGUCAGUAAACUUGUGUUUUCGGAGUUGUUUACUGAGGGCGACUCAGUUUUGCAGUUCAACAGAGGUGUAGAGGAAGCUAGUAAAUUCUUGCCGAAAGGAAAGCAACUGAUCGUUGAUCUGGAGAGUAACAAAUUUUCUUCUAUCAUGAAUAAGAAGGCUCCAGAAGUGGUAGUUAAGACAGAGAUUGACGAGAGGGAGCAAUCCCCUGCUGGGUUGAGAGGAAGGAAGACUUAUGAGAGGGGGGAUACAGAGUUAGAAGAUGGGAGGAGUAACAAGCAGGCGGCGAUUUCUAUGGAUGAGAGUGAUGAGAGUGAACUAUCAGACAUGUUUGAUAAAGUAUUGCUCUGUGCUGUGAGAAAAGAGGAGCCUUCUGUGUGUACUGAUGAAGGCUUGGUUAAUGGAAACAAGAAUCUCCGGCAGAAUGGACAAUCCAAUAAAUCUAGUGGUGAGAAGACUCGUGUGAAGAGCAAUAAGAAUGUAGUGGAUUUGAGAACUCUACUGGUCAUGUGUGCACAAGCUGUCUCUGCUGAUGAUAGGAGGACUGCCAGUGAACUGCUAAAGCAGAUUAGGAAGCACUCGUCCCCAUUUGGCGAUGGGUCUAAGAGGCUGGCCCAUUACAUUGCAGACAGCCUUGAAGCACGUUUGGAUGGCACUGGAACCCAGAUUUAUACUGCUUUAGCUUCCAAAAGAACGUCAGCUGCUGAUAUGUUGAAAGCAUACCAGAUUUAUGUUUCAACCUGCCCAUUCCACAAGCUUGCAAAUAUCUUUGCCAAUCAUAUGAUUUUGCAGGCAGCUGAGCAAGCAGAGACACUUCAUGUUAUAGAUUUUGGUAUCCUUUAUGGUUUCCAGUGGCCUGCUCUCAUGUUCUGUCUCUCAAGAAGAUCUGGUGGGCCUCCCAAGCUACGCAUUACAGGUAUAGAGCUUCCCCAGCCUGGUUUCUGGCCAGCAGAAAGAGUCCAGGACACAGGGCGUCGCUUGGCAAAGUAUUGUGAGCGCUUCGGGAUCCCCUUUGAGUUUAAUGCAAUAGCACAGAAGUGGGAUACCAUCCGUAUUGAGGACCUUAAAAUUAAUAGAGAUGAGGUAAUUGCUGUAAAUUGUAUUGACCGAUUUAAGAACCUACUUGAUGAGACAGUUGUGGUAAGCAGUCCGAGGAAUCUUGUUCUGAACUUAAUUAGAAAAAUAAAUCCUGAUAUUUUUGUCCAUGGUAUUGUUAAUGGAUCCUACAAUGCCCCUUUCUUUGUCACGCGGUUCCGUGAGGCCCUGUUCCACUUCUCCACUAUGUUUGAUAUGCUUGAUGCUAAUAUUGCACGGGAAGAUCCAAUGAGGCUGAUGUUUGAAAAAGAGUUUUUUGGGCGGGAGGCCAUGAAUGUCAUAGCUUGUGAAGGUUCAGAGAGAGUGGAGAGGCCUGAGACCUACAAGCAGUGGCAAGUUCGAAACACGAGGGCUGGGUUUAGGCAGCUUCCUCUAGACCGUGAACUCAUGAAGAAAGUUAGAGAUAAAGUGGCAGGCAAGUAUCAUGAUGAUUUUGUGGUCAAUGAAGAUGGCCACUGGAUGCUUCAAGGUUGGAAGGGCCGGAUUGUCCAGGCUACCUCUUGCUGGGUACCUGUGUAGGGUUUGAAAGUAUACCAUGUACACCGAGUAAUUGUUGUAGAAUGUAGCUAAUCUUGAGCUUUUGUAUAAUGCACCCAGCAUAAACAGCAUAUCAUAGAAAUGUAGUAACAGUAGUAAUGUCUGAUUUAGGUAGUGCUGUAACAUAUGGAACAGUGUUCUAUGUAUCAUAUAUAUAUAUAUAUUUCAUCACCCUUUCAUCUA